AUGCCGGCGGGGCGGAAGGAGCCCGGACGCGAUUCGCCGCCGGACCGGGCGGGGAGCUUUGGUGCGGAGUGCUCCCCCGUGGGCGAUCGGUGGAACGGCACCGAAGCCUUGCGCAGCCGUGCGGAGGGCUGGCGUGUCGGCGCGGUGCUGAGCCCGGCAGGGAGAGGAGCUGUGCGGGGACGUGAGAAGAGGGAGAAAAAGGAUAAGGAGGUGAUGACUCAGGCUGAUGAGAGAAAAAUUGCUCCUCAAACCCAGAUUUCUUUGCUUUGUAUCUUGGUUUGCAGUUUAACAUUCACCACUUGUGGAACAGAAGGGCAGAAGGCUGCAGAACCAGAAGUGACUAUUGCAUGUGGACUGCUCAGAGGAAAACAAGCAAAUGUGAAGGGAACAGACAGACUUGUAAAUGUUUUCCUUGGGAUUCCUUUUGCAAAAGCACCUGUUGGAUCUUUGAGGUUUUCCCCACCUGAACCUCCUGACCCCUGGAAUGAUCUGAAAGAUGCAACUUCUUACCCGCUGCUAUGUCCUCAAGAUUUGACCAUGUUGAAAAAAGCUGAAAAAAGUUACAAAGAAGAACACAUUCAAUUUCGGACUUCUGAGGACUGCUUGUAUCUAAAUGGUUAUAGCCCUGCAGACAAGAAGAACAAAUUACCUGUUGUGGUGUGGAUCCAUGGAGGCAAUUUUGUAUUUGGUGGUGCUUCAAGGUACAAUGGUUCAGCACUUUCAGCCUGCGAGAAUAUUGUAGUGGUAGUAAUAAUUCAGUACAGACUUGGACUCCUUGGAUUUUUCAAUACUGGUGAUGCACAUGCUCGUGGGAACUGGGCAUUUUUGGAUCAAGCAGAAACUCUUCAGUGGGUCUGAGAAAAUAUUGAACACUUUGGUGGGGAUCCAGGAUCAGUCACACUCUUUGGUGUAUCUGCGGGAUCUUGCUGUGUUUUUGCACAUGUAACGAGACAUUUGUCUAAGGGUCUCUUUCAUAAAGCAAUAUUAGAGAGUGGAGUUCUAAUUCCCUCUAAUAAAGAUUUACUUCUUUCAGCAGGUCUUAAGAAAAUUGCAAAUUUUAAGUGUGAGACCAGCAGUUCACUCACACUAAUAAACUGCUUGAGGAACCGGGAAGCGAUGGAAGUCUUUAACAGUACAGAAAUCCCAUUUCUACCCUUAGUUUUGGAUGGAGUAUUUCUGCAUAAGUCACCUGAAGAUACAUUGGCUGGAAAAGAAUUAAACAUGGUCCUGUUUAUGAUAGGAGUCAGCAAUAAUGAAUUUGGCUGGAAUAUUAGAUCUACGUCAACAGUACCAGCUUUGAGAGAUGUGGGACAUAAAAAAUCAAUCACUUCAGCUUUAGAGUUUCUACUACCAAUGAUGAAUUUGCCAGCAGAAUUGUUGUCUGUAAUAAUGGAUGAAUAUCUGGAAAACACAAAUGAUCCUGCUGAGCUACAGGACCAAUUUCUGGAAUUGCUGGGGGAUUUCAUUAUUGUCAUACCAUCCAUUAAAGCACUGAGUUAUUACCGGGAUUCUGGAGCGCACUACUUCUUUGAGUAUCAGCAUCGUUCCACUUUAUACUGGGAUACUAAACCAGAGUAUGUGAAAGCUGAUCGUGGAGAUGAAGUUGGCUUUGUCUUUGGAGGACCUUAUCUGGCAGGUGACAUAAGCCUGUGGGGUAAGAAAUUAAAUAUCAGGCUUUGUUUAUAAAUUACUCUCGCAGUACUGACAUUAUUCAGUAUUGGUACUUCCAUUUUAAUCCAGUUGUAGUGCACAUGCUAGCAGUGAGAUCAAGAUGUAUCUCUCUCUUUCCUUUGAAUUUGUUCAGCAUUACUAUAUUCUCCAUCCUUUAUCACAGGUUGCUGUUUCUGAAGUGCAAGAAGUUACAUACGCUGCAAACAAUUAAGAAAAUGAAAUUUGUAAUAAGCUUUCUGACAUUAUACUGAUACUAUUAAUUUAUUUUUAAGUCAAAGCUCUGCGGCAAAUUCAUUGAGGGAAAGAUUGAUUAAAUCAUCUCUAGUGGGAGAUGAGCAGAGUGCUCAGAAAGCAGGAAAUCUACCCUGUUUCCUUUGCUUGAGGUAUUUCAAGUAAUGCGUCCUCUUCUCUGAGAAAUCUGACUGGCUUUCAGGCUUCAGAGAAUGGGUUGCAGUCUGUUCUGCUGAGUGUUCCAGCUUGUGUUCAUUAGAGCAAGGCUGGAAGUCCUGUUUCAUUUCUGAAUGAAGGUCUAAGAACUAGGUUAAAGUGUUUCAUUCCAUGACUCAGUUAAUAAGUCAUCUUUUAAAAAAAAUUGAACUGGUGCAUUGAGAAAUAAUUAAGAGCAUGCUUGCCAAAUUGCCUUUGCCAUAACAGUUUGGGCAUUCUUGUAGGAUUUUGGAAUCAUGAGCUCUGCUUGCUGCAGGCAGAAUGCAUUGUUGCCACAGCACAAAUAAAUGUGCUGAUCACUGAAUGUUUAAGUAAAAGGUGUCACCCUCCUCAGAAAUAUUGUAAAUCCAGUACUUGUCACUGGUUGCAUAUGCCUAAUACAGUAAUACUCAGAAAGCAGUCUUUUCUUUCUCAUGAAACAGAUUGGGUACAGUUCUCAUUUUGAAAGAAAAA